UAACGCCGUCAGCCCAAGGAAUCAUUAAUCUAAUACACGUACGAGGAUGCAAAACAGCGUUCGUGGAAAAGCAGUUCACUUCUCUGUGGAGUGUUUUCCUUGUUGGACGCGGCAAGAAAGAAGAAACGUCCUACGAAAAAGAAGGAAGCAGGAGUGAAAUCGUCGAACCAGCCGCGCAUGGCCGUUCGCGCGAAUAAUAAACAUUCUCUGGCGCACUUGCGAAACGUGUGCUCGUUGAACGAGACAAAGGGGGGAAAGAAAGGUGAGCGGGUGCGAAAUGAGCAAUUCGGGGGCUCGUCGUGUGUCCCCGCGACGCACCGCGAUUCUAUUCUGCACGUCGCCACGACCAGACUAAGCGAGGAAGAGUCAGCAGGAAGAGAAAACGCGGAGAGACGAAGAAAGAGUAAGUAAGUCGGUUAGUUACGGUAGGAGGCGUAGGAGGGUUGAAGCUGCAUGACGCUUGGGGAGUGCAGCGAUACCAUGACGUAUCGACCGAGAGCGCCACGCGGACUGACGUCAUGAUCACGGCCUCAGUCAGACCGCGAGCACGUGAACAGCACGCCGGUGAUCACGCGGUCGUUGGCUGACAGGGUCGUUGCGAUUGGCCGACCACGGCGAGCCCCUCGACGGGAUUGGAGGAAGUGGUGCGCGCCGCAUGAUCACGCACACAACGGCUACGGCGUGUCGAGCCAGCCGACCUGAGAAAGCUUCAUUGCGUUACCAGACGUUCAACGGUUACGUCCCCUUUGCGGCUUUUUUCGCACGCCAAUACCGUAUACGCAAGACCGAGUUUUCCCGUCGCCGGACGAGCCUCUUUAACGUACCAUCGACUCGCGAUACGUUUUUUCCAAAAAAUGGAUACGAAUCAAUCGCCGCUCUCACCACCUGCCUCACCCCAAUUCAAACACAACGAGCCGCUUCAGUCGUCGUUCAGCGUCGCGGCACUUUUGGGUGACAAGCUACUGCAAGAAACAAAGAACAUCGAGAUAAACACGAAAAAAGAUGACGAUGGAAAUGCAUGGCCUGGUUUACCCCCAACGCCUCAGCCAUCCGAUUCGGAGGAAGAUGAGCCCCUUCGAAAAAUGCGAUGCGUGGAGCAAUGCGAAUUGGCGAAGUUACUUUUGGAUGGUACACCGCCUCCGAGUCCAGAGCCUGCUCGCGCGUCGGUGAUAAUGCGUGCCAAUCGAGACGGAACCUACAGCCCAGCCAUCUUAUCGCCAAAGACUACCACCACGACCUCGCAACCGACUCCACGUGAGCCACCAGUCUCCAGCCCGCAGUCGGAACCAACCACGCGCCGAAGCACCACGGAGCCGGAGAAUGUUCUGAAGAGUUUGAAAUUCAAAAUGAGCCUGCGAAAAGAAGAGAUCAUCGUGAAUAAUAAAAACACGGAUCGCGAGAUAACACAGCCGAAAUUACAUCCAUUGGCACCGAAACCAGCCCCGAUUAUGGUAACUGGACUUCUUGGUUCUUCCUUGGUCCUACCGCGAACACCUCUUCUGUUAGUAACCGCGCCUACAGCUACCACCACGACCAGUCUCUCCACGCAAGAAUCUGUCGCGCGACGUCGCGUCUAUGAAUGCGAGCAUCCAGGUUGUGGCAAGAAUUAUUUUAAGUCGUCACAUUUGAAAGCACACACGCGAACCCACACGGGAGAACGGCCCUUUUCGUGCCCGUACGAAGACUGCAACAGACGGUUCUCAAGAAGCGAUGAAUUGUCGCGCCAUAAACGUACCCACACCGGCGAGAAGAAGUUCGCUUGUAACGUCUGCCAAAGAAGAUUCAUGAGAAGCGAUCACUUGGCGAAACACGUGAAAAGACACGCCAGAGACAGGUCUUCGUCCGUUGUUGCGAACGGGAUUCAAUCUUCUGUUACACAAAUGGCAUCCGCCCCCUUAAGGGUGAGCUUGCUCCCUGUUAUAGCGCCACGGAUAACUCAGCCGACUCAUCAAAUCAUACCACCGCAAUUGGCGGCUUGAGCACCACUAGCAUAGUGAUCUAGUGUCACGUGAUAGGCUUGAACCGUAUCUAACGUUGCGAACCGAGCUUCAACCCGUCGCAGGAUUGAGAACUAUUCCACCGUCGUCAAAAAAAUUGACAGAAUUCAUUGGCUCUCGAUGGAUAAAUCGAAAGACGAAUUUGCACGGGCGCGUAGACGAUUGUUCUCCUCGAUUCCGUGGAAACUAACUGGGAUAUUUUCAUGUGUUCUCGAUCGCAUUGUAAAUAUGGAUUAACGCGACGGAAGGGAUCAGGAGGAAUUACAAAACGAGUGAGCUUCCCGCUUGCCACUUCUACGUGUAUCGCAUUCGUGAUUGUGCAAAACGAGCUAACACGAAGCGUGAUCACGAGGAAGGGACCCUAAAGGCACGAGGAGCGGUGAUAAGUCAUAAAAAAACAACCGAGGCUUUUUUGCCGUCCGUGAACCAAGUACCUAAGUGUGUCUGUGAUCUGUGAUGCAUAAGCGCGUUGACCGAGAAAGAGUAUUUAUUAAAAAUUCAAUGACAGUUUUUAUGAGCUAAGUACGUAACGGCUAUGCAAAAAAAAAAAAAAGAAAAAAAAACAAGAAA